GAGGGGCUGCAUUGCAGCAAGAAAGGAGGGGAGACGGACACGCCUGGCAGGCCCCCCGCCCAGCCCAAGGCAGCCAGACGCAGCUUCCCCGGUAGCCAAGCAGCAUCUUCUGAAGAGACACACGGACAGAUCAGUUCUCUUUCCCGGAUCCCACCUAGAAGGAGGAAGAAAUGAGGGACACCGUGAACUCCCAGUAUGAUUCCUUCCUUUACUGGAGAAUGCCCAUCCCUGAACUGGACCUCUCCGAACUGGAGUGCCUGGGACUGGCCGACCUCGCCCUCUUCAAGCCCAAGCGGGGCUAUGGCAGCCUCGUGACCGAACAGAAGACCCAGAAGUCGAGUCUGGGGGACCCGGAAGAGGCGGAGAGCGCCCUGCUCCCCUUCAGCAGCUUCAACUUCUGGAGAGCCCCCAUUGCACGCAUCAGCCCUGUAGAUUUCGACCUCAUCUGAAGCCCAGCGGCCUUUUUUUUUAUUACACCCCCAAUUGCAUCUUUUCUGGUGGUGCUUCCUCCCUCCCCAAACUUCUCUGUGGUUCCUCUGUGCCGUGUUCGCGAUUCCACGAGCUGAUGUGUCUGAAUCCUUUGCCAUAAAUCAAAAGUGGACUCUU